AGGGAGAGUGGGGCGGGAGAGGCAGAGAGAAACAUUGAUGCAAGAGGGAGACAUCGAUUGAUCGCCUCCCCUCCCAAAUGCGCCCCAAGUAGGGCAGAGGUUGAACCUGCAACCCAGAGAAUAUGAAACAGGUGUCAAAAUGACAUCCAGAUUUGGGAAAACAUACAGUAGGAAAGGUGGAAAUGGCAGUUCAAAAUUUGAUGAAGUCUUUUCCAACAAACGGACCACCCUGAGCACAAAAUGGGGAGAGACCACAUUUAUGGCUAAAUUAGGGCAGAAGAGGCCCAAUUUCAAACCAGAUAUCCAAGAAACUCCGAAGAAACCUAAAAUGGAAGAAGAAAAUACUGGCGAUCCUUUUGGAUUUGAUAGCGAUGAAGAAUCUCUACCAGUUUUUUCAAAGAAUUUAGCCCAGGGUAAGGUUUCCUCUUACUCAGAAACUGGUGAAGCUGCUCAGCUGGAAGACGUCCCUUCUGCACUCGAAACCAACAGCGAGGUCAGGCCUGCGGCGGGUGAAGGCAGCCUUGUGUCGGGGAGAUGCUUACCUCUAGAGGGGGCCUUGCUGGAGAAAGGGAAGGGCACAGACCGACUCCUAGAAGACGAUGUAAGCCGAAGUAGUUGUGCUAAAUUAAUGACUUUAGAUAAAGUGGAGAAUUUUAAUGAUGAAUAUGAAAAUAGUCAACAUAUUUACAAAAAUGCUGAAGACAGUACUAAGAAACCCAAUGCAGAUACUGUGGUGGCUUCUGGGUACAAAGGUGAUGACCCCAAGGAAACAAACGACGCUGGGAACUCCCAGCUGGGGAAAGGGCCAGAGUCUCCGCCAGAAACACCUCUGAUCAGAGGGUCUGUGAGAACUGGUUUGUAUGAAUGGGAUACUGAUUUCGAAGAUGUCAGAUCAGAAGAUUGUAUCUUAAAUUUGGAUAGUGAUCCUCUUUUGGAGAUGAAGGAAGAGGAUUUAAAAAAUCGGUUGGAAAAUCUAAAUGAAGCCAUUGAGGAAGAAGACAUCAUGCAAAGCGUUCUUAGGCCAAGCAACUGUAGGACGUACUGUAGGGUCAAUAAAACAAAAUCCUCCCAAGGAACAUCGAAUUUUGAUAAGCUAUUAGACGGCACCAGUCAGGCCUUAGCCAAAGCAAACAGCGAGUCGAGUAAAGAUGGCCUGAAUCAGGCGAAGAAAGGCAGUGUGAGUUGUGGGACCAGUUUUAGAGGGACAGUUGGACGGACUAGAGAUUACACUGUUUUACAUCCAUCCUGCUUGUCAGUCUGCAACGUUACCAUACAGGAUACUAUGGAACGCAGCAUGGACGAGUUCACUGCGUCGGCGCCUGCCGAUCUGGGGGAAGCUGGCCGUCUAAGGAAAAAGGCAGACAUUGCAACUUCUAAGACCACUACUAGAUUUCGACCUAGUAAUACUAAAUCCAAAAAGGAUGUUAAACUUGAAUUUUUUGGCUUUGAAGAUCAUGAUGAGACAGGAGGUGAUGAAGGAGGUUCUGGGAGUUCCAAUUACAAAAUUAAGUAUUUUGGCUUUGAUGAUCUCAGUGAAAGUGAAGAUGAUGAAGAUGAUGAAUGUCAAGUGGAAAGAAAGACAAGCAAACAAAGAACUAAAACAGCUCCAUCCCCCUCCUCGCACCCUGCUCCAGAAGGCAACGAUGAUUCCCAGGACAGUCAGUCUGGCGCUAAUGCUGCAGAAAACUUGGAUUUUACAGAGGACUUGCCUGGUGUGCCUGAAAGUGUGAAGAAACCCACAAAUAAACCAGGAGAUAAAUCGAAGGAAAACACCAGGAAGAUCUUCAGUGGCCCCAAGCGAUCUCCCACCAAAGCUGUGUAUAACGCCAGGCACUGGAACCACCCAGACUCGGAAGAGCUGCCUGGGCCGCCAGCGGCGAAGCCUCAGAGUGUCCCGGUGAGGCUAUCUUCAAAGGAACCAAAUCAAAAAGAUGAUGGAGUUUUUAAGGCUCCUGCACCACCACCCAAAGUGAUCAAAACUGUGACUAUACCUACUCAGCCCUACCAAGAUAUAGUUACUGCACUAAAAUGCAGGAAAGAAGACAAAGAAUUAUAUACUGUUGUUCAGCACGUGAAGCACUUCAAUGAUGUGGUGGAAUUUGGUGAAAAUCAAGAGUUCACUGAUGACAUCGAGUAUCUGUUAAGUGGCUUAAAGAGCACCCAGCCUCUGAACACGCGUUGCCUUAGUGUUAUUAGCUUGGCUACUAAAUGUGCCAUGCCCAGUUUCCGAAUGCACCUGAGAGCACACGGAAUGGUAGCGAUGGUCUUUAAAACCUUGGACGAUUCCCAGCACCAUCAGAAUCUGUCCCUUUGCACAGCUGCCCUCAUGUACAUAUUGAGUAGAGACCGUUUGAACAUGGAUCUUGAUAGAGCUAGCCUAGAUCUAAUGAUUCGACUUCUAGAGCUGGAGCAAGAUGCUUCUUCAGCUAAACUGCUGAAUGAGAAGGACAUGAACAAAAUCAAGGAGAAAAUCCGGAGGCUCUGUGAGACCGUGCACAACAAGCACCUCGACCUGGAGAACAUCACGACUGGGCAUUUAGCUAUGGAGACGUUACUGUCCCUUACUUCUAAGCGAGCAGGAGACUGGUUUAAAGAAGAACUCCGGCUUUUGGGUGGUCUGGAUCAUAUUGUAGAUAAAGUGAAAGAAUGUGUAGAUCAUCUAAGUAGAGAUGAGGAUGAAGAGAAACUAGUAGCCUCGUUGUGGGGAGCAGAGAGAUGUUUACGAGUUCUAGAAAGUGUGACAGUGCAUAAUCCAGAGAAUCAAAGCUACUUGAUAGCAUAUAAAGAUUCACAGCUCAUUGUUUCAUCAGCUAAAGCUCUGCGGCACUGCGAGGAGCUGAUCCAGCAGUACAACCGCGCCGACAGCAGCGUGUGUGUCCCCGACGGCCAGCCGCUGCCGCAGCAGAGCGUGGCCAGCCACGUGGGCCGCGCCGUGGAGGACUGCAUGAGGGCCGUCAUCGGCGUGCUGCUCAACCUGACCAACGACAAUGAGUGGGGGAGCACCAAGACAGGAGAGCAGGACGGCCUGAUCGGCACGGCGAUGAGCUGCGUGCUGCAGGUCCCCAAGUACCUACCUCAGGAGCAGAGAUUUGACAUCCGAGUGCUGGGCCUGGGGCUGCUGAUAAACCUGGUCGAGUACAGCGCUCGGAACCGCCACUGCCUGGUCAGCAUGGAGACGGCCUGCUCCUUCGACUCCUCCCUCUGCAGCGGGGAAGGGGACGGCAGCUGGCGGGGGGCAGGGCAGGUCCACGCCGUGCAGGCUCUGGUGCAGCUCUUCCUUGAACGAGAGCGAGCCGCCCAGUUGGCAGAAAGUAAGACAGACGAGCUGAUCAAAGACGCCCCCACCACUCAGCACGACAAGAGUGGAGAGUGGCAGGAGACGAGCGGAGAGAUCCAGUGGGUGUCAGCUGAGAAGGCCGACGGUGCGGAGGAGAGGAAGGAGGAGGAGGAGGAGGGGCUUGACCUCAAUAAAGCGCUCCAGCACGCGGGCAAGCACAUGGAGGACUGCAUCGUGGCCUCGUACACGGCGCUGCUGCUCGGCUGCCUCUGCCAGGAGAGCCCGAUCAAUGUGACCACUGUGCGGGAGUAUCUGCCAGAAGGGGACUUUUCGAUAAUGACAGAGAUGCUCAAAAAGUUCCUGAGCUUUAUGAAUCUUACUUGUGCUGUGGGAACCACGGGCCAGAAGUCCAUCUCCAGGGUGAUCGAGUACUUGGAGCACUGCUAGCUGCUCUGCCUUCGCUCCAGGGCUCGGCGGCGCUGGCGCAGUCUCAGACCAGGAAGUCACGAGGGGCGUCCUGGAGGAACACCGGGAGCAGCGUCGGCUCACCACGUCUGGAUUGCGGAGGCCUCCCGAGUUCUCCCUCACGCGUCCUGCGUUUGCUCAGUGACAGUUACUACAUCAAUCUGCAACUAUCAAAAAUGAGGGAAGGUCCAGGCUGUUCAUUCCAUGCAGUAUUUACACACACGUCCUUGCAGAGUGGACACUCCCCCUUGUUCUCGUGCGUCCCUCUGGGCAAGGUCAGGGGGUCGUGCUGCUGUUAGUGCAACUGCUGUGUGUGCUGA